GCACUUAGUUAUACUAUAGUCGGAAUAGAAUAUGUCAAAUACAUCAAUUCGUCCGAUACCUACGCUGAAGGGGAUUUUUUCAGUGCCGCGAGCAGGAGCUAAUCAGGGCCGCAACUUUCUUAAAGAGAAUAAAGUGAGCUUGCGCUCGCUGGAGAAAUCAACAAGUGAAAAACUAGCAGCCAAGGAACCAGUGCGUCCCAAAUGGAUGCCACCUAUGCGCCGCGCUGGCAGCGAGGUACGGGAAUCGAAAACAGGAAGACCCCCGGUGUCCAGACAAAACACCCAGGAAACCAGUCUGCAACGCAACCGUAACCACUCGCGUUCCCAUCACCAAUUGGGUGUGGCUGUUCCAGAUGCUGGCGAACGUUUUGACGGCUUGGAAUCGCGCAAUCCUAUGUGCGAUGACUCGUCGGUGGAAGCACAGAAAGAUUUUGAGCAGUCACCGGACAAAUAUUCAGAACGCUGCAGCUCUUGCGGCACCCAACGCAGCUCCACAAGCAUUGGCAUACAGACAGAAGAUAUCACAGAUGAGCUCUACCUAACAAAUGCCUUAAAAAAAUGCAGUUUUGAUGGUGAUUCUAUGCUGGAUGACCACCCCAAUAAAUAUGACAACAAUUACAGACGGUCCUCCAAUCGUUACGAUAAUAACGAAAACGAGCAUCUUCAGCCCAGUCGGUUCAACAUGAAUGAGUUGAACACAAUGAUACCCUUACCCGACGAUGAUCUGAGAACUGAAGUUGCUUCGGAUGAAGAGGCUCCGCUUAGUGCCCGCAGCCGCUUUACAGUGGCCACAAUGGCGUCAAAUGCUAGCACCACGUCCAUAACAUCGAAGCGUCGCGAGCACAAGCUGGGAUCACGCGACGAAUUGCGUCUUCCGCGCUACCUGGAGAAGGAAAAGCGCGAAAAGGCCGCAGCCAAGGAGCUUGCCGAUGCACGGGAUCCGGACUGUCCACACGGACAUACUCUGCUCUCGGAGGAGGAUCGUGUUGGCCACUUGAACAGCGCAAAGAAGCGCUAUGAUGGUCUAAUCAGUGAGCUUAAUCACAUGCCUAUGACCGCCCAGACUCUGCGGGUGCGCAACCGCAAGGCGGAAAUCGACAAGGAGCUGGGUAUCGUAGAUGAGGAGAUACGCGUCUACUCCAAGCCCAAGGUAUACAUCAGCUCUAGCAAAUAUCAGUAGCUCUGAUGGCUGUACUCGCAACAUCCCAAAGAAGUCUUUGCAUCAAAUGACUGUUAGUUCUACGAUCUCCCUAAAAACUAUCUACUAUGACCUCCGCCGAUCAUGUGCCUUAAGGAGUCUUUAUGAAUGCAUGAAUCUAGUCUUGUGUUAACUAUAUUUAAGAAUAAUUUCGAUGUCAUCAAUGGAGACAGUCUUAUGAAUGCAACCAACUGAAGACUCCAGUAAACACAACAGAAUUUCUACAUUAAAUAAUAAUCUAAAAAAAACUCA